AUGCCACCAAAGAAAUCCAUGGUCAUGGGAAAGGGCGUAGGACGGAAGUUGACAGGGUAUGUGAGGAAGGAGAAGAAGCCGGUCGUUAAGAAGGUGCUUGUUGGGAAGAAACCCACUGGGGUUAAGAAAAAUGUUAAGACACCCAAGUCACCUGCAAAGAGCCCUAAGAGCCCGAGAUCUCCCAAGACUCCGGUGAAGAGCCCAAAGUCGCCGAAGACCCCCAAAGCACCUACCACUCCAGUAAAGAGUCCAAAGUCCCCAAAAUCACCAGCAAAAAAAGUCACCAUCGCAAGCCAAGCUACAUCUCCAACUAAGAGCACUAGAGGCAGUGUUGCAAGUAGAAGAGGCAGCGUGGCGAGUGUUGCUAGUGCUAAGAGCAGUGGAGGUGUGAGUAAGAAGAGUAGUGCGAGUAGAAGGGGGAGUGUUGCUAGCGCUAAGAGUGUUAAGAGUGUGAAGAGUGUUGGGAGUGUGAAGAGUUCGGGAAAGGGGAGUGUGAGCAGUGCUAAGAGUGUGAAGAGUGUUAAGACUCCUAAGACACCAAAGAGCCCUAAGAGCCCUAAGAGCCUGUGA